AUGUCAUAUUACGACGUGGAUGCUAUCCUGACGGACUCGCAGAAACUACCAUGUACAUUUGAACUCGACGUGCCUGGACUGGGCUAUCUUGAUGGGAAUCCAGGCCAGACGAUCAAAGCUGGCACAAAAAUCGACCUACCUAUGUGGCUGGGCAUUCUACUCGCGGUGUCUAGUGGGAAUCCGCAGACUGAGAUCUCCCAUCACCGCGAUAGGAACACACCCGGGGCGAAUCCACUGGUAUCGUUGGAUUUUCCAGCGCCGCUGCAGCAACGCGUCAUCAAUGCUCUGAAGGCCGAUCCCAAGACAGUGGAUCUACGAGGUCAGGCACCGCAUUUUUACGCCCUCGGGGCUCGGAUCAUGGAUCUGUUCGAGGAUCAAGAUGUAUUGGACACGCUGGUUGAUGUACGUUUGUGCCAUGACAAGCAAUCCAGAUGCGCUGACUCACGUGGGCAGACAUUCAAACAACGAGCGGCUUGCAUUGCGGAUCACGCUCAUAACCCUCGGGGUGCAUUGGGCGAUGGUGCGGAUUUCAUGCGUGGCCUGGAUGAAAGUGAGCGGAUGCUGUUCAGAGCUGCCCAUGAGGGGCCCAAGGCCGUGAAGGCGUGGACAGUGGAAUUGAAGAAGGAUACAUAA